AGAUCACGGACGGAGAUCUAAGCGAACAUGGGGUCACAAGGUGGUGGGAAAGAGUCACGGAGGAAUGGGACAGGCGAGAGGAAAGGGCCUGGAGAAGUUAUUGCGGCUGCGGAACAGGGGAUCGGGAGCCGUAAGCGUGUUGCAAGUGGGUCGGCAAAAGAACGAAAGAAAGCACGGCAACAUAUCCACAUUCAACAAGAACAAGAGCGGGAUACAACAACACCAGAACUUUCUCAGGGUCUCAAUAAAGAGACAUCUAGUGCGGAAACUAGUACGGCACAAUGUAGUGAAACUCCUCUGCGACCAAUAAGCGUGGUCGAGUUUGCCGAAGCUCGGGCAUUUGAAAUCAGCGCACUGCAAAAAGCCUUGGAAAAUUCAACUGAGAACGCUGGGGUUCAGCGAGUCUUUCAAACUGUUCCGCGAUAUAUGCGGCGGAGGGCUGCGAGCCAUAAUGUGAAGCGCCUUCCACAGCGAUUGCGAGAAAAGGCGCUGGCGCAAAUUGCAAAGGACCCGGGAGGGCCACAAAAGAAGAAGGGGAAACCACCCACCCGUCCAAAGAGGCGCAGAACAAAGUCAGCUACGCAGGACUUUGCUCGGAGACAAAUGGGAAAGAGGUGGUUGGAAACACACGUAUGGCACGCUAAAAGGAUGAAGAUGGUGGAACUUUGGGGUUGUAAAUUGGCCGAGCAUCCGAAUGACAAGAGUUCUCGCGCUUCUUUCCGGGCCGCAAAGAACCAAUGUCUGGUCCACGACGCUUCUUACUUUCAAGUUAUCGAGAUCUCGGGACCUGAGCAACUGUUGCAGAUCCUGCUGCGAGACAUCACUGAUCCAACCAUUCCAUCCAUUGGAAGUGCGAGAUACAUUGAAGGGAGUCGCCAAGGUAUGACAUAUCUUUACGGUUACCUACAAUACCCCAAGUCGGCUAUAGCCCCUGCGACGUUUUUAUGGAGGCCGCGUAACGGACGGAAUGAUGAAGGCCGAAGGUUGUGGCUCUGGCUUCAUCCGGCCGUGUAUGAACAUGUACACGACCUUUUGCUGCAAGUGGCCAAAGAGUGCCAGAUAAUUGAACAGGUGACCAUUUGUUCACUUUACGACGAGCUUGUUCGAUUUGAGUUGACCGGACCCAGGACCCACGCUGUUUUGCACCACAUCAUGAAAGUGUCUGAGGACUCCGUGUCCACAGAUGGGACAACAACAAACAUGGCAGCUCGACAGCUAUGGGCGAAGCUUGCACUGUUACGCUCCUCUGCAUCACUGCCUCCAGGGGUCGCGAUCGGCUUGACUAUCCACGACCCUCGUCUGAGCUUUCCACCGAAGAUGCCGCCUCGGAAUGGCAGGAUCUCACCUGAAGUUGAGGCCGAUAUUAACACUUGUCUCAUGGCAUGGCCCGAGGGUGUAGCGGACUCAUCGAUAUGGGAUCCUGCGAUCAGAAAAGCUAGCCUUAUCGGGAAAGCAACGGAGAGUGAUUUGAACGCGAGAAGGGCGCAGGCGCUUAUUCCAGGAACAGCACUCCAGCCUCUACCACAUGACGUGCACGUGCCGAUCCUUCUCCUCCAGCGUAACUAUCUUAUACAGGAAGCCGGGAGUAAAGUUCAGAAAGAAGUUCGAGAACUCGUAGCCGGAUGGGAUCUUGUACUUCCCAAGGGAUGGGCUAUGGAUGUUUGGAAGAGCCUCGUUUUCGCCGGUGUACGCGUUGCAGGUCUCCGCGACCGGCAUUCAUUUCAUUUCGAGGCUGGUUUGCCCUGCUUCCCGUAUGAUUUUCCGGAGACCGCAGCGUACGAGGCUUGGGCAGACAGGGUGCGGCAUGAAGAGGAAGAAGCGUGGAAGCGCACUCCCCAAGGGAAGAAACCGAAUUACAAAGCUCAUGGAGUAAAGUCGCCUUUCGAACCACCUUUCUGGGACUUGGUUGGUUUAGAGCCGGCCAGUCCGCAAGCGAUUGAUGACGAGGUAGUACCUGUGGGUGUGUGCACCGAAGUUGAUGGUGUGACAAAUUCAAAAGGCGAAGAGAAACAAUCCAACGAUAUGAUGGACGUUGAAGAACCGAAUUCGGGUCGCGAUCAACAUAGCAGAGACAGCAGUACUGCUUCAGAGACUAACAAAGCCUGUGCCCAGAGGUUCUCCGGUAUCUGUUCUCGACCAUAUGGCCGAUACCACGUCAUCAACAGUCCGCGCUUGAUUAGCUACUUAAGAACUGCUCUGAGUUCAGCUUCAGUCGAGGCUUUACCCCAACUAUUGAUGGAGGAGGUAGUACGACUAAUCCGCCACCGAUAUGAAAUCCCCAACAAACUCGUCAACCUAACUCUUGAUACCAUGGAACACAUGCUGGUUCGAGUCCGCAUAACCAUGUUACGAAGAGGAACGCCGGGCGAACGCGGUAUCAUUUACUCCGCAACGGAAAAAGAAUAUGAAUUUUGGAAACAUGCUGUGGAGAAAAAUAGUGAUGAUUGUAGUGUCAACGAAGAACAAAAACUCUUGGAUGUGAUACCACCACCUUCAGCUAUCGUGGGCUAUAUCACAACCGGACGAUUCUCCUUUGCGCAAGGACAUGGACAAGCUCUGGGUUGUUGCAAAUUGUCUGGACUACAUCGCAUUGUACAGGAAUGCGAAUCCGCCGGUAGAGAGCACACGCACUUUGUCCUGGUCCGUGGGAUUACUGGACGUUUGUGCCUACCUGCCAUUUUCAAUCUAAUCUCUUAGACACAAUCGAGAUGUCGACCAUGCCACAUGUACAUAUACUAUAUACAAACUAUCUGCUACUAUCAAUCAUAUUGAUAAAAUCUGUGGAUUCUCCUGCCAAAA